AUGGCCAUGGAAGCAGCGGACAUGAUCGUUGUAGCGAUCUACUUCAUCCUGGUGUUAGGGAUUGGCUUCCUUGCAAUGUGGAAAGCCAAUAGGAACACAGUGAGCGGCUACUUCCUGGCUGGGCGUUCGAUGAACUGGGCAGCUGUGGGAGCUUCUCUAUUUGUCAGUAACAUAGGAAGUGAGCACUUCAUUGGAUUGGCUGGAUCAGGCGCUGUUAGCGGUCUCAGCGUGGCUGCAUGGGAGCUCAAUGCUGUAUUACUGCUCCAGUUUUUAGGCUGGGUGUUCAUUCCAGUCUAUAUCCAGUGUGGCGUCUACACUAUGCCAGAGUACCUGUCCAAGAGAUAUGGGGGGAAUCGACUGAAGGUGUACUUUGCUGCUUUAUCUCUUGUCCUUUACAUCUUCACCAAACUGUCUGUGGAUCUCUAUUCUGGAGCCUUGUUCAUCAAAGAAUCCUUAGGUUGGAACCUCUAUCUGUCCAUCCUCCUCCUCAUCGCCAUGACAGCUCUGCUGACCAUCUCCGGGGGUCUGGUUGCUGUUAUCUACACGGACACAGUUCAAGCGUUCCUCAUGAUUGCUGGGGCUCUCUGUCUGACAGGCAUCAGCCUCUUCAAAGUGGGAGGGUUCGAAGGUGUGAGACACGGUUACAUGGAGGCCACUCCAAACAUCAGUGCCAUCUUGCUGUCUUCACCCAAUCUGACGUAUUCUGAGUCCUGCUAUAACCAUACCACUCCGAAGCCAGAUAGUCUGAAGAUCCUCCGAGAGGCCCAGGAUCCAGACCUGCCAUGGCUUGGUUUCUUACUCGGCCAGACUCCUGCCUCUAUUUGGUAA